CUUUGAGCUGUUUGCUGAAGCCCAGAUCACGUUUCAGACGAAGGGCUGCAUCCUGGACUCGCUGGACCAGAUCAUCCAGCACCUGGCUGGCCGUGCUGGAGUGUUCACCAACACGGCCGGACUGCAGAAGCUGGCGGACAUCAUCCAGGUGGGGCCUGCUCCUCUGGCGUCUCCUUCCCUGAUGGAAGCCGGGCGGGUGCCUUCUUCUGCUGUAUUAGUUACUGAUUCUAGACGUGGGGGUGGGAGAACAGCCCCCACACCACCUGUUUCCGAUUGGCAAACCCUUGGCUCCUUUCCUGUGACCCAAACCCACAGUGGACCUCCCGCGGGGAUGGGGGAGGACGAGGUCUGGUGGUACAUGCCCAGGGUGACGCUGGUGGGGGAGGACGUGAAGGGGAGUGGGGGCCAGGGAGCCGCUCCUGCCCUGUCCGGGCCCUCAGGCCAGGGGGGACCCACGCCUGGCAGCCCCAGCUGCACGCAGAUGAAGAGCUCUGGACACACGCAGCUUCCUGAACAGCUUCUCCAGGGACAGACGAACAGGGACUCUGCAGGUUGCCGGCGGGGCUGUCCCUGCGAGCCCAGGAUGGGGGGUGCGGCCCUGGCCCCCUUCUCCUUGGCCCCGUCUUGCCCUGCGAUGCCUGUUCCCUCGCAUGUGAGGUUGCUCCUGGCUCUGUGCCUAUGGCAGCACCUGCUUUCCCUGAUGCAGGGGUGCCUGUGCGGUUUGUGGAGGGCAAGCCCCAUUUUUGGGUGCUCUGGGCACACACUUGCCUCUCCUGGGCCUCGGUGCAUUUUUUAGAAGCAGACCCCCAAGUCCCUGACUGGGAGGCCGUCAGUCCUUGGGGAAACCGAGGCACAGGUGGCUGUGUGGAGCCAUGUGAGGCCGCCUCUGUGCUGCCCACACUGAACCUCCUGGCCACACGAGAUCAUGGCAGGGUUAGGUGGGGCUGCCCAGCUCUGUGACAACUUCACGAGUGUCCGCCUGGGUUGGGGGGUGCUCGAGCUGGGGGAGGCCACAGAAGAACUCUGGAAUGUAUGGUCGGCCUGUGCACGUGGUGCGGUGCUCUGUGCAUGCUCCUGGGCGUGGAGCUGCAGGCCCCAGGACGACCAGGCACUGCCUUCUUCACAGAUGUGGCUCUGAGCGGGGGCGACACCUGGGCAUGGACCAGGUGGGGUGGGCACAGCAGGUGGGGUGGGCACAGCAGGUGGUGGGGCCCAGGCUCAGCCCUACCUCCACCGUGGCCUUCUCUGCGGCCAGUGACGCCACAGCCUGUGUCCUCUCUGUGUGGCAGCUGGGGCUAGAAAGACGGCACUGCCUUGUCUCCCAGCUCCUCCCCAAAGGCACGGUGGGCAUCCCAGGGCCAGACCCCUCUCUCUCUGGUUCCUGCCUGCCAAGGGCUGCUUUGCUGUCCCGCCUGGAGCGUGGUUGGCUCUUCAAGCAGGAGGCUGUGCACCUGCCAGGCAGACCUGCUUCCGUGUCCUGAUGGGUCACUGCAAAGCACCUGCAGCAGAUGGCCAUCGAGGCAGCCCUGCAGCCCAGGGCCUGGAGGGCAGGUGUGAGCUGGCCCGGGCCUGCCCCUCCCUGGAAUGUGGCUUCCCAGGCUCCAUUAUGGAGAAGUCUCCACACUCUGGAACCAAAUCCUGCUCACACCAUUGGUUUGGAAUUUCCUUUGGCUGCUGCUCUAAGUAGCCGCUGGCAGAUGACUCAGCUCCUCCCAACCCUGGGGGCUGCGCACCGUGUUCACCCUCGGCUGCUCCUGAGUCCCUGCAGAUUGUGUUUAGUGUGGACCCCUCCGAGGGCAGCCGUGGUUCCCCAGCAGGACUGGGGGCCUUACAGUCCUAUAAGGUGCACAUCCAUCCUGAUGCUGGUCACCGGAGGACGGCUCAGCGGUCUGAUGCCUGGAGCACCACUGCAGCCAGAAAGCGAGGGAAGGUGUUGAGCUACUGGUGCUUCAGUCCCGGCCACAGCAUGCGCGAGCUGGUCCGCCAGGGCGUCCGCUCCGUCAUCCUUACCAGCGGCACGCUGGCCCCGGUGUCCUCCUUUGCCCUGGAGAUGCAGAUCCCUUUCCCGGUCUGCCUGGAGAACCCACACAUCAUCGACAAGCACCAGAUCUGGGUGGGGGUCGUCCCCAGAGGCCCCGAUGGAGCCCAGCUGAGCUCUGCAUUUGACAGACGUGGCCUCUCGGCUCUGUGCAGGUUUUCUGAGGAGUGCUUGUCCUCCCUGGGGAAGGCUCUGGGCAACAUCGCCCGCGUGGUGCCCUACGGGCUGUUGAUCUUCUUCCCUUCCUAUCCUGUCAUGGAGAAGAGCCUGGAGUUCUGGCGGGCCCGUGACUUGGCCAGGAAGAUGGAGGCACUGAAGCCACUGUUUGUGGAGCCCAGGAGCAAAGGCAGCUUCUCCGAGACCAUCAGUGCUUACUACGCAAGGGUCGCUGCCCCAGGGUCCACCGGCGCCACCUUCCUGGCGGUAUGCCGGGGCAAGGCCAGCGAGGGGCUGGACUUCUCAGACACGAAUGGCCGUGGUGUGAUCGUCACGGGCCUCCCGUACCCGCCCCGCAUGGACCCCCGGGUUGUCCUCAAGAUGCAGUUCCUGGACGAGAUGAAGGGCCAGGGUGGGGCUGGGGGCCAGUUCCUCUCUGGGCAGGAGUGGUACCGGCAGCAGGCGUCCAGGGCGGUGAACCAGGCCAUUGGGCGAGUGAUCCGGCACCGCCAGGACUACGGGGCUGUCUUCCUCUGUGACCACAGGUUCGCCUUUGCUGAUGCCAGAGCCCAGCUGCCCUCCUGGGUGCGUCCCCACGUCAGGGUGUACGACAACUUCGGCCACGUCAUCCGAGACGUGGCCCAGUUCUUCCGUGUUGCCGAGCGAACUAUGCCAGCACCGGCCCCCCGGGCUGCAGCACCCAGUUGGCGUGAAGGAGAAGAUGCUGUCAGGGAGGACAAGUCGCCUGACCCCCUCCUCUCCACCAGGAAAGCUAAGAGUCUGGACCUGCAUGUCCCCAGCCUGAAGCAGAGGUCCUCAGGAUCACCAGCUGCCGGGGACCCCGAGAGUAGCCUGUGUGUGGAGUAUGAGCAGGAGCCAGUUCCUGCCCGGCUGAGGCCCAGGGGGCUGCUGGCUGCCCUGGAGCACAGCGAACAGCGGGCCGGGGGCCCUGGCGAGGAGCAGGCCCACAGCUGCUCCACCCUGUCCCUCCUGUCUGAGAAGAGGCCGGCAGAGGAGCCGCGAGGAGGGAGGAAGAAGAUCCGGCUGGUCAGCCACCUGGAGGAGCCCGUGGCUGGCGCACAGACGGACAGGGCCAAGCUCUUCAUGGUGGCUGUGAAGCAGGAACUGAGCCAAGCCAACUUUGCCACCUUCACCCAGGCCCUGCAGGACUACAAGGGUUCCGAUGACUUCGCCGCCCUGGCCGCCUGUCUUGGCCCCCUCUUUGCUGAGGACCCCAAGAAGCACAGCCUGCUCCAAGGCUUCUACCAGUUUGUGCGGCCUCACCACAAGCAGCAGUUUGAGGAGGUCUGUAUCCAGCUGACAGGACAGGGCUGCGGCUAUCGGCCCGAGCACAGCAUUCCCCGAAGGCAGCGGGCACAGCCAGCCCUGGACCCCACUGGAAGGACAGCGCCGGAUCCCAAGCUGACCGUGUCCAAGGCUGCAGCCCAGCAGCUGGACCCCCAAGAGCACCUGAACCAGGGCAGGCCCCACCUAUCGCCCAGGCCACCCCCCACAGGAGACCCUGGCAGCCACCCACGGCAGGGGUCCAGAGCGCCCAGAGCAGGGAAGCAGGGCCAGCGCGCCGUGAGCGCCUACCUGGCAGAUGCCCGCAGGGCCCUGGGGUCUGCAGGCUGUAGCCAGCUCUUGGCAGCGCUGACAGCCUACAAGCAAGACGAUGACCUCGACAAGGUGCUGGCCGUGCUGGCCGCCCUGACCACUGCAAAGCCGGAGGACUUCCCCCUGCUGCAGAGGUUCGGCAUGUUUGUGCGUCCACACCACAAGCAGCGCUUCUCACAGACAUGCACAGACCUGACCGGCCGACCCUACCCGGGCAUGGAGCCACCAGGACCCCAGGAGGAGGGUCUUGCCAUGCCUGCUGUACCCACCCACGGGGCUCCCCAACCAGGCCCCUCACAGUCCGAGAAGCCUGGAAAGACCCAGAGCAAGAUCUCGACCUUCCUUCGACAGAGGCCAGCAGGGACUGUGGGGGCGGGCGGUGAGGCUGCAGGGCCCAGCCAGUCCCCAGGACCUCCCCACGGGCCUGCAGCAUCUGAGUGGGGUGAGCCUCAUGGGAGAGACCUCGCUGGGCAGCAGGCUGCGGGAGCUCCGAGCGGGCCCCUCUCAGCAGGCUGUGUGUGCCAGGGCUGUGGGGCGGAGGAUGUGGUGCCCUUCCAGUGCCCUGUCUGUGACUUCCAGCGCUGCCAGGCCUGUUGGCAACGGCACCUUCAGGCCUCUAGGACAUGCCCAUCCUGCCACACCGCCUCCAGGAAGCAGAGUGUCACGCAGGUCUUCUGGCCAGAGCCCCAGUGAGUGUCCACGGUGGCCCUCAGCACACCUGACGUGGCUUGAUCACCUGCUUGUCCAGCUCUGGUGGGCCAAGGAGCCACCCAACAGAAUAGGCCAGCCCAUACCUGCCUGCCUGGGACCGGAUCCGGGCCUCCCUCUGAGAAGCCCCGAGCUACGUUGGGGUCUGGGGUGGGUCUCUGGGAAGGUGCUUCCCCAGAACUUCCCUGGCUCCUGCUGUGAGCGGUGCCACAGGGGCAUCCCAGCUGAGCCCCUCACCAGGAAGGAGGAGACCCCCGUGGGCAUGUGUCCACUUUUCAUCAGGCGACAGGGUUCUCUAAUAAAAGUGCUGGCAGUGCCCCAGACGGUG